AUGUGCUAUAAGGCGGCUCUAUUAGUAGCACCCGUGGGGAGCCGGCACGGGCCCCUCGAGGAGCAUGCGGUUUGUGAGUGGCGGGAGAAACACGGGGACAUGCAGCAGCAAAUGGCGGGCACGGGUUGA